UUCCAUCAAUAGAUGAUCUGCUGCUUGCAGCCGCUGUUUGAUUGUUACAUAGAACAGAGAAGAGCACUUCAGUCUGCGACAAACUGUGAUGGAAUAUGACAGGUUAUAAAAAUACGUGUGGAUUCAUAGAGACAUGAAACUCGGAGCCCCUAGGAGUGGGACUGCUGUGUCUUGUGUGAACCAAACUCCAUCUGACCACUUCCAUACAGAUGACCAGUGAUGGCCGCAGCAUCAGACUCAGCGGACGAUGCAGUGGAUCCAAUCAUGUCUAAACACACUUUAAGGAUAAUGCUGUCUAUUGUCCUGGUAACCAUCAUCAUACUGACUGUGCUUGGUAAUUUGCUUGUGAUGGUGGCUCUCUGUAAAGACAGACAGUUAAGGAAGAAGAAGACCAACUUCUUCGUUGUAUCCCUGGCAUUUGCAGACCUUCUAGUUGCCCUUGUUGUGAUGCCCCUGGCAACCAUAGAGUUGACCACGGGUCAGUGGAGUUAUGGAGAGACGUUCUGCUUGGUCCGUACCUCACUGGACGUGCAGCUGACCACUGUAUCUAUUCUGCAUCUGUGCUGCAUUGCACUAGACAGGUAUUAUGCGAUUUGCUGUCAGCCUCUGGUCUACAAUAACAAGAUGACACCUGUAAGAGUCUCACUGAUGCUGGUUGGAUGCUGGGUCAUCUCCUUUUUCAUCUCUUUCCUUCCCAUCAUGCAAAGCUGGAAUACUAUUGGAAUCGAGAGCAUUAUCGAACAAAGAAAAUCCAACUCUUCCCGCAAUUCAACUUGUGUGUUCAUGGUGAACCGACCCUAUGCCCUGGUGUGUUCAGCCGUGGCCUUCUAUGUGCCUCUGGUGCUGAUGGUUCUCGCCUAUCAGCGAAUCUACAUCACCGCUAUCGGUCAUGCUCGGCGAAUCGGAUCUCUACAUCGGGCCGGCUCGGCCCCUUCUUCGACUUACCAUAACCACGAUCAACCAGGCUCCAGUCGCAUUAAGAAUGAAACCAAGGCGGCCAAGACGCUGGCUGUCAUUAUGGGCUGCUUCUGUCUAUGCUGGGCGCCCUUCUUCAUUACCAACGUGGUGGAUCCCUUCAUUAAUUACAGCGUGCCCUGGCAGAUGUGGACCGCUUGGCUCUGGUUGGGUUACAUCAACUCGGGCUUGAAUCCGUUCCUGUAUGCUUUUCUGAACCGGGCUUUUCGGAGAGCCUUCCUUAGGAUCCUGUGCUGUGGGGAUGAGCACUAUGCCCGGCAGGGGGGCUUUAGUCCGAGCAGACAACACUCAGAGUCUGUCAAAGGAACCUCCAUUUCUCUCAGCUCCUCCCCGCCUGCAAGCGGCAACUCCUGCCAAUCGGUUACAUCCAGCCGCAGCAGAUGUCGAACACACCUAUAGACACUCACCUGAUCUACUCACCUGAUCCACUCACCUGUGUUCGCCAUCACAUUGUUCCAGUCGCCAGUAUCUGUCAUCUGUCUUCAGUCUGCAACGACUCUCCUCAUCAUCAUCUGCUACCCGUUCAGUCAUCUGUAAAGACAUCAAGAGUACCAUUACUCAUCCAGCUAAGUUAACUACAAACUAUCUGGCUGCAGUUAUACUAACCAUUGUCACUCUCUUACUCACGCUUCCUGUUCCUGCAAAUAAACAUCUGC